AUGGGUGGAAGAAUGCUAAAGCCUGUAGAGGUGGAAGUCCUCAAUUCUGAGUAUGGAAAGAAUUUCGUUAAAUUCCUUUACGUUAGAAGAGAAGGCAAGAGACACUGCAUUAAAGAAGUGGAGGUCUGUGCCCAUAUUAGACUGAAUGAAGUCAAGGAGUACUUUCAUGACAACAAUAAGGAUGUUAUCCCUACUGACACCAUCAAGAAUGCCAUCUACGCUAUUGCAAAACAAAAAGGGGUCCAAGUUAUAGAAGAGUUUGCCCUGGAUAUUUGUAAUCACUUCAUCUCCUCAUUUUGCCAUGUGCUGUAUGCCAAAGUCUUUAUUCAAGAGUCGCCAUGGCACCGUCUACACCAGGACUGUGUUCCCCAUGCCCAUUCAUUUAUCUUUGCACCUGAAGGAAUUCGUUUUUGUGAAGUUGAACUGUGUCGGAAUGAUCCCCCAGUUAUUUUCUCUGGAAUUAAAGACCUGAAACUUAUGAAGACAACACAGUCUGGAUUUGAAAACUUCCACAGGGACAAAUACACCACGCUUCCUGAAAGAAAGGACAGGGUGUUGUGUGGAGAACUAUUUGUCAAGUGGAACUAUGUGCAAUGCACACAUGUUGACUUUGACUGCAUCUGGAACACUGCUCGAGAGUGUGUCCUUGAGGCAUUUUCUGGGCCACCUGACUGUGGAAAGUACUCACCCUCUUACCAGAAGACUGUCAAUGAUAUUCAGAUGCUCAUCCUGGAAAAAGUUCCACAGGUAGAUAUAAUUGAAACUACUUUGAACAACAUUUUUUAUGAAGUAGUAGACAUGAAGAAGCUGGGAUUGCCCAACAAUAAAGAAGUUCUGACUCCAGUGGAGGCUCCAUUUGGUACAUGCACUUGUAUACUCCGUAGGAGUAAGUGCUUAGAAGUGCAAGGCCAAGAUGAAGGACAUGAGAAGCAAUCAGCUGCAUGGACGCAUCGACAUCAGAUGAGCUAAAAUGCUUGGGCUCUGUUGACACACACCGGAUGAAUUUAAUAUGUGGCUUUCUUUACUAUGGUUGUUCAUUCUAAUCCUUGUCCCUUUUUCCUAUCUCCUGAAUUUUGCCUCCACAAAGUUAGAGGAUUUUCAAAGGAACCUAAGGAAUUAAAAAUCCAAAUCCCAUUGAAUCUAAGGUGAUUUGAUCACAUAAUUCCAUUAGGUUGCUUUGAAAACCCCAGUCAAAAACAUUAGAAUUAGGUCAUUAGAAAACAACUGUUUUCAUGCUUAUGGUCAGUGAGUUACAUAAUGUCUCUAAUGCACUUUGUAAUGUAAAAAAACCUGAAUUCUACAAAUUAUUAUUAAUGUUUUUGCAUCCCUUUAUUGUCAUGAAAAUGCAUAUAAAAACAAAAGCCCAGAUCCUUAACUAAUGUAAACAGGGAUGCUUUGGUGGAGUUACAAUUUAUUUAUACAGCAGAUGAUCUGGCCUGAUGUUUGUAAAUUUAAUAAUUGAGAUUAUGACUUAUAUUAUUGAUUAGCCCCUGAUGUCUUUACAAAACAAAUGAAGAAACAAAGCAAACAUCUAUCUAAAUACAAUAUCUGCUUACAAUAAUAAUUGUACAGAUGUUGACUAAUUUCUUUUUAAGUGUUCUAAUUAUAUGGUUUCUGCUUUCUUAUUCAUCAGAUAACCAGAUAUGGGGGAUUAUACAACUAUACAAGUACUUUUAUGUUAAUCACUUAAGUGCUUGAGGUAGUGGGCUAUUUUUGUGGGGUAAUCUAGAUUAUCUUUUUUAAUGUAACAAUAUAGUCAUGAUUUUUGUGCAGACUGAAAUUAACUCAAGAAACAAGUGAAUGCCUCGUGGAACAGAAAAAUAGGUAGACAGUUUACUUUAUUUACAACGUUUUAAAAUGUUAGUUACUUCAGGACAUAGUUUUGAACAGAGAUACUUAAUAGUAAAACCAGCACAUCUUGUACCUACAUCUCGCCACCUAAAGCUAACACAUUUACACGAGAAAUCCUGUUCAACUCCUCUUAGCUUGUAAUUCUGACUUCAAUUUCCCAGAGUGGAAUUUUUGAAGGUGUUGAAGUAAAACAGAAAUGCAGAUUCAUAUUACUAAGUCACUUAACCAGUUUGGAUAUCCCAAUCUGAAUAAAUGUCUUUGUGCCUUAAACUUCUCACCCAAUAUAUUUAGAAUUGUGUCAUUCUCCUGUGCUUUACCAUCUACACUGGCUUGCACUGAACCUUGGGAACACAUCCUGAAUGGCUUUUGGGGACCUAGGAGGUUGCUUUGCGACACAGAAACGAGCCAUCUCUCACUGUACGCUGUUCCACCUCCUAUAAGAAAAAGGAUUGUUCACCAGGAUGCGAAACCUCACUAGAGACAAACACUAGAGAUCACAUCAAGGGAUGAAUUUUCUCCUGCUAAGCUCUUUGUCUGGGGUGGUUACCAGUUGAUUUAAAGUGUUUGAGCUAUUAUACUUUUAACCUUUUGUGGGCAUGUUUCUUCCUGCCUUAGGUUGCUUAUUGUAUUGCACUGAAGGGUUUUGUUCCUUUAUCAAUUCUGAUGUAUUAUAAUGAUAGCAUAGGCUUGGAGUGUAUCUAUAUAUCUGAGUGGGAAAAUAAAAAGCAAAGUUAAAAAAG